AUGGCUACUCAAGAAAUUGUUUGGAAUGAUAAAUUGAGAAGAGUUUGGGAUAAAACAUACUUAUCUGAAGAUUUCAAUAUUUAUAAAACAAUUACUCAGAAAGAAGGAUAUCGAAAAAAUAUGAUUAAAAAUGAUUCAUCUCUCACAGAUAAUGAAAAGAAAUUUUUACUUGAUGAAUUGGAGAAAUUAUAUGAUAGACAAAAAAUUGGUAAUAAUUCUGUAGACGAACUACAGUGCAACAAUUGUCAGAAUUGGCAUCAAGCAACCCAAUACUGUGAAUUAUGUAUUCGUAAUUAUUUAGAAAAUAAUUUUAGAGAUUGGACAUCUGGAAAUGAUAAAAUCGACAAAUUAAUUCAAGAAUGUCAGAAAAAAACUGUUUCACCCCAAAAUGUCAUUGAAUGGAUUAAUUAUGAUCAGUUUGAGAACAUAGAACAUCUGACGGAAGGAGGAUGUGCUACCAUUUAUACAGCAAUAUGGAGAGAUGGAUGCUAUGAUAAAUGGAAUUCAGAAAAACAAAUAUUAGAAAGGAUUGGAAGAGAAAAGGUUAUUCUAAAAAGAUUAAAUAAUUCAAAUAGCAAUAAUGUACAUUGGUUCCAAGAAGUGACAUUAAGUUUCACACUUGAUAAUACUUUUCGAAGACUUGUAACAUGUUUUGGGUUAACUAAAGAUCCAAGUACCCAUGAUUAUAUGUUGGUUUUACGACCUUAUGCAAAUGCACUUAAAGAAAAAAUGAGAUCAUUAUUAAAGUCAUUAUAUGAAGAAAUAGAUAAACAGCAAGAACAAUCUAAAUUGAGUUUUACAAAAAAUGAAAACAAGCAAGUGAUUAAAAAUACCCAAUCCAACGAAAACAAACGAAGUACAAUUUAUAAAAUUCAAACCAGUAAAUUAUAUACAUUCGAUUUUUCCAUUCAACCUAAGAAUGCCACUGAUGAAGAACAACAAGCUUAUGAAACUAAACAAUUUGAUUUUGAAAUUACUGAAG